UGAUGCGGGUGCCGCCGAAUCCUUGUAUGGCGGAGGCGCGGAAGGAGGCGGAGGAGGUGAUGUUCGGCGCCAUUGAUGAGCUGCUCGGGAAGACGGGAGUGAAGGCUAAGGACAUUGGGAUUCUGGUGGUGAAUUGUAGCUUGUUUAAUCCCACGCCGUCUCUGUCCGCCAUGAUUGUCAACCAUUAUAAGCUUAGAGGGAAUGUUCUGAGCUAUAAUCUUGGUGGCAUGGGCUGCAGCGCUGGCCUCAUCUCCAUUGAUCUUGCUAAGCAACUCUUGCAGGUGCACCCAAAUUCUUAUGCCCUAGUGGUGAGCAUGGAGAACAUCACUCUGAAUUGGUACUUCGGCAACGACCGGUCGAUGCUGGUGUCGAAUUGCCUGUUCCGGAUGGGCGGCGCGGCCAUCCUGCUGUCGAACCGGCCGGGCGACCGGCGGCGGUCCAAGUACCAACUGAUCCACACGGUGCGGACCCACAAGGGCGCGGACGACAAGUGCUACAACUGCGUGUUCCAGCAGGAGGACGAGACGGAGCGCGUGGGGGUGCGGCUGUCGAAGGAUCUGAUGGCGGUGGCCGGCGAGGCGCUGAAGACGAACAUCACGACGCUGGGCCCGCUGGUGCUGCCGAUGUCGGAGCAGCUGCUGUUCUUCGCGACGCUGGUGGCGAAGAAGAUCCUGAAGAUGAAGAAAAUAAAGCCGUACAUCCCGGAUUUCAAGCUGGCGUUCGAGCAUUUCUGCAUCCACGCCGGGGGGAGGGCGGUGCUCGACGAAUUGGAGAAGAAUUUGGAUCUGAGCGAGUGGCACAUGGAGCCAUCGAGAAUGACGCUCAACAGAUUUGGGAACACUUCGAGCAGUUCUCUGUGGUACGAAUUGGCCUACGCCGAGGCCAAGGGCAGGAUCCGGAAAGGGGAUCGGACCUGGCAGAUUGCUUUCGGGUCGGGUUUCAAGUGCAACAGCGCCGUCUGGCGGGCCCUCAGGACCGUCGAUCCGGCCAACGAGAAGAACCCUUGGAUGGACGAGAUUCAUCAGUUCCCUGUUGAGGUCCCCAAAGUGGCCCCCAUUGAGGCCGUUGAUACUAAUUUCUAAAUAAUUCUUUUGAGGGAGGCCAUUAUUGUUGGUUAAAUGAAUUGAUUAAAGUGGAUACCCAACUUUAGUUAAUAUGGGCAACUUUUUUUUUUCUUUUUUAAAUAUUAAUGUUCUCUGUCUUUGUUGUUCAUAUUAGUAGCUUAUGGUUGUUUUUCUUAAAAAAAGAAAAGAAGGAAGUGUGAUAUUCAGUCAAUUUCUGGACC